GCGGAGAAGUUCUCGCGGGACCCCGACGAGGAGCGGAAGCCAGGCGGCUGUGCUGCUUCGGCGAGCGGGCGGCGGCGGCGACGGCGGUGUCGACGAAGAUUGAAGCGGUGACGGCGACGGGCACAGGCGCUGCCCUAGGGGAGCAGCACCGGGGUCGGUGGCCGCUCGCACCGCUGCGGAGGGGACGGCCGGGCGCGGAGCGGAGCAGCUGCGCCACGGGCGGCAUUGUGCGUCCCGGAGUGCACGAGCCGGUCCCGAGAGAGCGGCGAGGCCGAGCCCAGGGCGCUGGGUGGCUUCGGCAGGGAAGACUCCCUUCCCCCGGCUUCAGGCUGCUGAGCACUGAGCGGCGCCCAGAAUGGAAGCCAUCGCCAAAUAUGACUUCAAAGCUACUGCUGACGACGAGCUGAGCUUCAAAAGGGGGGACAUCCUCAAGGUUUUAAAUGAAGAAUGUGAUCAGAACUGGUACAAGGCAGAGCUCAACGGGAAAGAUGGCUUCAUUCCCAAGAAUUACAUAGAAAUGAAACCACAUCCGUGGUUUUUUGGCAAAAUCCCCAGAGCCAAAGCAGAAGAAAUGCUUAGCAAACAGCGGCAUGAUGGGGCCUUUCUUAUCCGAGAGAGUGAGAGUGCCCCUGGGGACUUCUCCCUCUCCGUCAAGUUUGGGAAUGACGUGCAGCACUUCAAGGUGCUCCGAGAUGGAGCUGGGAAGUACUUCCUCUGGGUGGUGAAAUUCAACUCUUUGAAUGAGCUGGUAGAUUAUCACAGAUCUACAUCCGUGUCCAGAAACCAGCAGAUAUUCCUCCGGGACAUAGAACAGGUGCCGCAGCAACCAACAUACGUCCAGGCCCUCUUUGACUUUGAUCCCCAGGAGGAUGGAGAGCUGGGAUUCCGUCGGGGAGACUUUAUCCACGUCAUGGAUAACUCAGAUCCCAACUGGUGGAAGGGGGCCUGCCACGGGCAGACCGGCAUGUUUCCCCGCAAUUACGUCACCCCUGUGAACCGGAACGUCUAAGAAUCAAGAAGAGAUUAUUUAAAGAAAGUGAAAAAUUUAAAACACAUACAAAAGAUUUAAACCCACGAGCUGCCUUAACAGCAGCCCGUGAGGGAGCUCAGAACACCUGGCUGGGUCACCUGGUGACCCUCUCACUUUGGUUGGAACUUUGGGGGGGCGGGAGGGGGUGUUGGAUAUAAAAAUGCCAAAACUUACCUAUAAAUUAAGAAAAGAGUUUUUAUUACAAAUUUUCACCGCUGCUCCUUUCUCCUCUUUUUCAUCCUUUUCCUCUUCUGUCCAUCAGUGCAUGACGUCUAAUACCACAUAUAGUCCUAGCUGAUGCCAAUAAUAAAAGAAAAGAAACCAAGCAGGCUGGUAUUUUCUCUAUGCAAACUGUCUGUCGUAGUCGGAAUGACAGAAGAAAGAACAGCCGUCCUUGUGCUCCUCGAUGCACAGAGGAGAGGGCAGUGGGUGGCAGCCCCUGCUGGUCACCUUCUGCCAGAGGGGCGGCCCCCAGCCCCAGCGUCUUGUGACACAGUUGGAAAUGGAGCAGGGCAAAAGGAAGGACUGUUGGCCCCUCACGGCUUCCCGAGAAAAGUCAACCUGAAAACCUUUGUCUCUUUUCUAUGUUGUUUUCUCUCCACGUGGUAUCAUUAAGCACGUUGAUUUUUCAUAGUGCCUUUUUCCUUAUUUCAAGAGUUGCUUAUGAGUGGUGUUUUUUUUUUAUUUGUUUUAAAAUAAGUUAAAGACAGUCCAGAGCUUUUCAGCCAAUUUGUCUCCUACUCUGUGUACAUCAUCCUCCCUGGGUAGGGGGAGGGAGAGAGGGAGUGGGGUAGAGGAGAGGAGGCCAGCGCAGGUGGAGGGUGUGGGCAUUUCUGCCUGUCCGCAGCCACGAGCCUGGAACGUUCAGCUUUAAUAUUUGUCCAGCCCUCUGGGGUCUGCAGUGGCACCUGCUGCCGGGGAAGGAGGAGAGGUUACAGCUUCUCCCACAUCGGACUGGAUCUAACCUAGGGAGGAGAGGGGUCAGAGUCCUUGACCUUGUGAUCUAGGCUGUUGUCUGCCCCUCCUCAACUCCAGAGCGCCCACCGUCCUUCCCCCCACCCCCUCCAGACACAAAACCCUGGAGCCAGCAAGUUCCAAACAGGAAAGCCCAAGGAAAUUAAAACGUCCCUCUGUGACUGUCCCAGGUUGUACUGUGUUCCAGCACUGGGGUGGAAAAUGAGAGCUUCCAUUUUUCUUGCUCUGAAACAGAGGUGUCUGUUCGUGGCUUUCUUCGUUUGUGCUGACUCCCUAACCUGCCCAGGCGAGCACUGGGGCAGCGUUGAUGAAGUGGCUGGGUUUUCGUGUCUCUGUUCCCAGGGGGCUGUGUUUAUAGCUGCCCCCCCCCCCCCCCCCCCAGCCAAGGAAGUGUCUCCGUGAGGCAGGGACUGUUUGGGGAAGGACAAGUGGGAAAUGUAGGAAGGCCGUGUCCAUGGCAGAGCUCUCUCUGCACGCCUUGUCAGCUGCUUGCCCCUCAUAGUGAUGUGCCUGUGAACUUUCUCCACCUGAUCCCAUUCCUGCAACAAAAAAUGGGGCUGCCCGGAGUUGGUGACGGCCUUUGGAUUCUGAAGUCUCCAGUUGGUUGGAGGUUGGAGUCUCCCCUGGACUUUGGUUAUGGAGCGGGACUCGGCCCGGAGUACUCAGAGGCCCCGGAGGCGGCUGCUCUUCUGGACGGAGCAUCUGCCACCUCACGCCCUUUCUGGUAGCUUCUCCUUUCCUUGGUGAUGAUAAGAGGAAUCUCUGGCAUUCUACACCUGGACCAUUUGAUUGUUUUAUUUUGGAAUUGGUGUAUAUCAUGAAGCCUUGCUAAACUAAGUUUUGUGUGUAUAUAUUUAAAAAAAAAAAAUCAGUGUUUAAAUAAAAAGACUUAUGUACUUAAUCCUUUAACUCUGCGGAUAGCAUUUGGUAGGUAGUGAUUAACUGUGAAUAAUAAACAUACAAUGAAUUCUUCA